AUGUCAACACUACUAGAGAUAAAAAGCAGUGUGCUCCGGCAGGUACAGAAUCGACAAUCAUUUCGGAGAAGAGGAGAGACAGAAUCCAGCAUUGGAAGUCCUGAGACUAACAGGGUGUCAAGCACUGUCAGGGAGGACACGGGUGAUUUUUUUGAUAGAAUGAAGAGUGUACUCCAGAAACAAGAGAGUGUGCAGCGGUAUUGGAGAACAGAGGGUGUUUUAAAUAAUAGUAUCCCACCUCCUCCUGAAAAUGUUGGAGAAAGAAAGGCAGCAGAGAAGCUGACACUGUCUAAGAGAGAGAUGGAAAUGCUGUAUGAGGAAAUGAUCUAUACCCUAGUGUACAUGGCUGGUGUUGUGUCAUCUGAACAUGUUGGAAGUGAAGAAGAAUUAUUCAGUUACCUACAGAAGGUUUUUGAAAUUAGUAAGAGUGACCAUGAUUAUAUUCAUCUUCGUGUCAAAGAGUCAAAGGCUCCGAUCUAUGCUUUAAAGGUCACAGUGGUACAGGCUAGAAAUCUUCUGGCUAAAGAUGCCAACGGAUUCAGCGACCCAUACUGCAUGCUGGGAAUUAUGAUUGUGCAAAACUCAAAGGAAACUGAGGAAAAGAAGGAGAGGAAAUUUAGCUUCAGAAAGAAGAAAGAUAAGAUGGAGAAACGAUCGAGUAUAAGAGAAGUGCUGCCGGCAAAGUACAUCCAGGUCACAGAGGUCAAGAGCAAUACUUUGAAUCCAGUUUGGAAUGAAAACUUUCUUUUUGAAAUAGACGACAUUUUUUCUGACCAGCUUCACUUGGAUAUCUGGGACCAUGAUGACGAUGUGUCGGUUGCCGAAGCUUGCAAGAAACUUAAUGAAGUCAGUGGGUUUAAAGGAAUGGGCCGGUACUUUAAGCAGAUCGUUAAAUCUGCACGGGCAAACGGAACAGCCGGAUCUGCUGAAGACAAUGCGGAUGACUUUUUAGGAUGUCUCAACAUCCCCAUUAAUGAAAUCCCUGUUGGUGGUGUAGACAAGUGGUUUAAAUUAGACCCACGAACAAGCUCAUCUAGAGUUCAAGGUGAUUGUAACUUAAUAAUCAAGCUAAUUACCAACCAGAGGGACACAGCAUUAAGUAAAAAAGCAUCCGGCACCGUAAUACAUGAAAUGUUGUUAAUCCAGCUGCUCCAGUACGAACACGAACAGACAGAGACAGACUAUUGGAGUUGGAAAGGGGAAAUGAGCAAGCACGCGUUCACCAUAUUGUCACAUCACAGCAUGCAGAUGGAUCUGUCUGCCCUACAACAGGCAGUCAUAAAAUGGCAAGCAUUCAGCAAGCAUCACCAGGUACACACUAUGGACUACAGUUACCUGUUAGGACUUCUGAAAUCAAUUGAGGAACAGUGGGACCCUGUGCUAUUCAAGAGAGAACAGGAGCAGAGUUUAGCAGAAAGCUUCACGCUGUUCACUGAAUAUUGUUUUUUGCUAUUGAAAAAAUUAAGGGACACCUUUCCUGUUCUGAACACAACUAUCAUUAGCCGGUUGGAAUUCAUGCUACGGUGUCUCAGUCAGAUUCACAACAUGCAAUCUUUCAAAAUGGUGUGUCCCUUUCACAACGAGCUGCAUCUGGAGAUCGCAGCUGUUAUAAAGAAAGGCACAUUGGAAUGGUACGAGAAAACAUAUGCCUGUCUGAAACCAGAAGAAAAGAAUGAUGUGGAUCAUUUAAGAUGUCUAGUAAAGUUGGCUGAUGCCGUACACGAAGAUGUUGAGAAGAGUCAAAAUGUGUAUAACAAACUCUUUGUCAAUAUCGUCAAAGUGGAUUUCUUCAGUAUCACAUAUCGGCAACUAGAAAAACUGGUGGCUGAUGACGUUAGCGCUGCUAUGGAAGAGCUACGAGGAUCAGAGCAUGAAAGCCCGCACAUAACACACGCAAUGGGAGAGGCUUUGUUCGAGCUUUAUAUCACUUUAAACGAGCUGCGGAAGUUUAGAGAUUACUUACCACUAAAAGACAACAAAUCUCUGGCAUUAUCUGGAUUCCACAACAUGUUUAAAGUUUCAGUUCACAUCUGGUUGCAGACUAUCCACGAGAAAACAUGUGAAAGGAUUCACAAAGCAGUUGAAGUGGAUAAACUGGAAUAUGUAGACUCACUCUCCAAGCACAGCAGCUCUGCAGUCAAUGUUACAAUUUGCUUCUCACAAAUCAAAGAAUUUUGGACCCAACUUGCCUGGCCGGACUCUGCAGAAGGAUUUGUAUUUCUAACUCAGCUCUCUGAUGAUAUCUGCAAAGCAGCAAUUCAUUAUUCUGAAGCAAUUAAACGUAAAGUUGACAGAAGUCAUCAAACAGCUGGACAGGCAGUUGUCACAGAGCAGCUCUGCAUUAUACUGAAUAACGUUGAGCAUGUGCGGAAGUUCAUGGGUAAUAUUCUCAGAGAUCUGGAAUGGAAACCGCUUGAGCCUGCAGCAGAUUCACCUUCUGGGGCUGAUGGGAAACAGCAAGUGCAGAAAACUCUGAGCUCUCAGCUACAAAACAUUGAUAUGGAUAUGCAAAGAGAGGCAAAGAAUCUGAUCUCACAUCUAACAGAAAAGAUGAUUGGUGAUAUAAAGAAAUAUAUUCAGCACAUAAGUCUUUCUCCAGACUCCAUCCAAAAUGAUGACGCGGUGUCACCUUUAAUGAAAUAUCUUGAUGACAAAUUAAUUAUAUUGAAUGAAACUUUGGUGAAAGAAAACCUAUACAGGGUACUGGAAGCUCUGUGGUGGCUUCUUUUGAAGUUUAUUAUUGAUGCUGUGGAAUCUAACAGAGGAGUGUCUGUGGAAUUUUAUGGACGGUUUUACUAUACACUAGAGGCGCUAGUAGAUUUCUUUCAUGCAGAGGGACAGGGUUUACCACUGGAAACCUUACGGAAUGGAGACUACAGGUUUUUGGAGGAAGAAUUACGUUUGAAUAAAUGCUGCACAAGUGAACUCAUUGAAAAAUAUUACCUGGACAAUAUCAAAGAACAGAGAUCUACUGAACAGAGUAAAUAUGGAAGAAUCAGUGUCAAAUGUUACUAUGAAACAUCAGAGCAAAAGCUUUAUGUGGAAGUUCUGCACGCGGCCGACCUCAUGGCUCUGGAUGCAAAUGGUCUCAGUGACCCUUUUGUCAUCAUUGAACUAUGUCCUCAUCAUGUUUUUCCAUUUGUAAAAGGUCAAAGGACACAAGUAAAAGCCAAAACGCUGCACCCAGUAUAUGAUGAGCUGUUUUACUUCUCGGUGUCUUCUGAACAGUGCCGGAGAAAAUCUGCCUGCAUUCAGUUUACAGUUAUGGAUCAUGACUGGCUCUCUACCAAUGAUUUUGCAGGGGAGGCUAUAUUGCCUAUGAACAUCAUUUAUGGACUGAACAGACCCCACAUAACAGGAGGGGUGAAGAAUGUACAGCCAACAGUAUUAAAACUGACAAGACCCAAAGGCAACGUUAAGUCAAUACUGAAAAUGCUGGAUGGUAGAUUGGACAGAGAGGCACAGGACUUUGUUAAGAAGCUCAAAGAAAUGGAAAAAUAUAUGGAAGACGACUGAAUCCCUAUUUAUACUGUACAAAAGAAAUUGGAUCUAAAUAAUUAGUACAGAUAAAAAAAAUGUUUGAUAUUACUAUAAUUUGUUAUUUAUUGUUAAAGUUUCAGUCCAUUUGAGACGACUAAAAGUUUAUUAAAUGUUCUUUAAAUAUUGUAAUAUCCGGUGUAUCAUGGAAAUAUUUUCUAUUCCACUGUCUGAGUAAUCAACCUUUUCAUUCUAUUCAAAGGAAAUUUUGGAGCAUGUUCAAAAAAAAGAAUUUUGAAUAACAAAGUUACUGAGAGUCAGUAAGAACCUUUAGUGCCAUCUGUUGGCAAAAAACCAACACAGUAGAAUAUUAAUAGACAUUCAUUUAGUGAACAGAUUUAUUAAUACAUAGUUAAAAGAUUUUCACAGAUAUUCGGGUCCUACACUUUUUUACAAAUAAAUCCAGCGCCAAAAAGAGCUGAAUUUUGAAGACCACAGCGAUUUUCAUAAUUUGUUUAGUGAACAGAUUUACUCAUAAAAAAUUGCAACACACAAUUAUUUCGAUUUUCACAGAUAUUUCUGUGCAGCCAUUUUUUUUUUUUACAAAUAAAUCCAGCACCAAAAAGAAUGUAAUGCCACAGACUGCUACUAUUUUCGUUAUUUGUUUAGAGAACUAAUGCUAAAACGCAAUUCUAGAUAUUUUAUUUUCAAAAGUAUAGUGAUUAAAUAAAUCUUUGAAACAUUCUUUUUUUAAAAAAGUCUUAAACAUGGCUUCAUCUUUAAUAUUUUACAACCAAGUCCAAAGCAAAAAUAUUUAUUUAUUUGUGGUAGAAGCUGAGGUGCACGGAACACGGUGUCUCGAAAUACUGCAGAUGUAGUAAUAGGAAACUUACAAAAUGCCAAACGUAGGAUUGACCGAUGUCCAGUAUUUAGAGACAGUAAACACUUUAAGAUGCAAUAUAAAAUAAUUAGUUAUGCUUAGUAACACACCGUAGCAAUAUAUUUUCAAUGUUUAUUUUGCCCCCCUUUUCAUGUAAAUUUAUAGAUCAGAAGAAAAUAUAGCAAGACUACAGAAAAAUAUAUUUUUUUUGCAAGGUGUUUAAGUGUCCAUGAUUAAAGGGAUAUGAAACCCAAAUAUUUUCUUUCAUUUCAUGAUUCAGAUAGAGCAGGACAUUUUAAGAAACUUUCUAAUUUACGCCUAUUAACAAUUUUUCUUCGUUCUCUUGUUAUGCUUUGUUCAAUGAGCAGCAAUGCACUACUGGUUGCUGACUGAACACAUGCGUGAGCCAAGGACAUUCGGUGUAUGUAUAUAUAUAUAUACAUCCACCAAUCGGCAACUAGAUCCUAGGUUCGUUGCUGCUCCUGAUCUUUCAUAGAUAAACCUUUCAGCAAAGGAUAGCAAGUGAAGGAAGCAAAUUAAAUAAUAGAAGUAAAUUUGAAAGUGGUUUAAAAUUGUAUUCUCUAUCAGAAUCACGAAAGAAAAUGUUUGGGUUUCAUGUCCCUUUAAACUGUGCACAACCUGAUCUGUGGUCUGAUGUUGGCAUUCAGCUGUCAUGAGCUUCAGGAUCAUGGGCAAAUAUCAGGGCCUGCAGGCAAUGGGGCCCAUUCUGAGAUCCAAUGUGGAAAUAAAACUGACAAGGGCUUCAAGGUCAUGAUCUGAUGACAAACCCAACUGCCGCUACCCACUAGUUGCACAGCUGACAGUCAUAGAAAUGUCUUUAAUAACCAGACUGUCACUGUGCGGAAUUAGACAAAAAGAUUUCUGCACUGCUGGUUAUACAAUUAAUGCCAACCAUGCAAUCAAUCCUGUAGGGGUGCAAAUAAUAUAUAAAACUUAUUAGGAAACGGUGUACACUACAGAAAUAUAUAUCAUUUUUUUACAUUAUGCUACAAAUCCAAAAGCCAGAGCACAAAUAAAUAAAUGCAGAAAUAGAUUUUUUUCACCAUUUUAUACAUCUUAAAUUAAGCAAUGGAGACUCUUUUAAAUGGAUAUAAAAUAGGACUUCUUUAGUAGCAAUAACACAACACAUUACAAAACUACGUUUUAGGUGACGAUAUUUUUGCAGCA